UAUAUAAUAUAAUGAACAUGUUCCUUUAAUUGCACAAACUCUGCAGAUUCUAAUAAAGAUUAUCUGCAUGCUUGCUGCUAUUAUAAUUGCAUCAGACUUAUGUUAUUCUUUUUUCUUUAGCAGUUAGAUCACUGUAUUUUGAAAAAUUUAAUGACUCUGUUAUAUAAACAAAAUUGGAGGAUGAAAAAGGAAACAAAAGUUAGUUGGAUAAUCCUAAUUCCUACUUCUGAGUUCUGAUUUUGGGCUCUGCUCCUAAAUUUCAGAUUUGCAACCUCCAAAUCUCUAAAAUUCUGCUAUUUUCCGACGGUCUCUGCUUCGCUAUCUGCUCCGCCGUGGGAAGUAAUCUUAGCAAACGCUGCCGGAGAUUACAAAAUGCAGUUAUAAAUAAGCACUCGCCGGGACAUUUCCAAUGAGCACGCCAACUGUUUGUGAAAAUGCCAAAGAAGAUAUUUUUUUCCUUCAUCAAUUGUGGCAUGAAAAUGAGGAAUUGGAAGCCUUAAAGUCCCGUAUUUUGUAGCUUCCUCUUUGAAGAAGGGCAUGCUUCAGCACGAUUUCAAGAAAUGGGGCUCCAUGAUCAGGACCUUAUGUGUUGAUUCCAGGCACAGAGAAGCCUUAUCCCUUUUCCAUCAAUGCAUAAAGGGUUAUGCAGAUUUUAAACCCGAUCACAGUGUUGUUGCUUCAAUUCUCAAGUCUUGUUCUGCCCUAUUGGCUCUCAAAUUGGGCACAGCUCUUCAUGGCUAUGUUGUUAAGCAGGGCCAUGAUGCUUGCCAGGUCACCAACAAAGCAUUGCUUAACAUGUAUGCAAAAUGUGGCAGGCUUGUUGAAUGUAAUAAGAUGUUUUAUCAGCUCAGCCACCGUGAUUCUGUCAUUUGGAACAUUGUUCUAUCUGGGUUUUCGGGGUCCAUGAAGUACGAUUUGGAUGUGAUAAGGAUGUUUCGGACAAUGCACUCCAAUGGGGAGGCUAUGCCCAAUUCGGUUACUGCUGCUAUUGUUCUUCCUGUUUGUGCUCGUUUAGGGGAUGUCGACGCUGGAAGGAGUGUGCAUCUUGCUUAUGUGAUUAAGUCUGGUUUUCAGGCAGACACCCUUGCUGGGAAUGCUCUUAUAUCAAUGUAUGCAAAGUGUGGGCUGGUAUCUCAUGAUGCAUAUGCUGUUUUUGAUGACAUUGGUCAGAAAGAUGUUGUUUCAUGGAAUGCAAUGAUUGCAGGUCUUGCUGAGAAUCUCUUGUUUGAAGACGCAUUUACGUUGUUCGGUUCAAUGGUGAAAGGGCCUACACAACCAAAUUAUGCCACUAUAGCAAAUAUUCUGCCUGUUUGUGCAUUGCUUGAUGAGAACGUUGCAUACCAGUAUGGAAGGCAAAUCCACUCUUAUGUGCUGCAACGGGCUGAACUGUCAGCUGAUGUUUCUGUGUCCAAUGCUUUGAUUAGCUUCUACAUAAGAGUUGGUCGGAUGAUGGAAGCGGAAUCUUUAUUUUGGGCAAUGGAUGCAAGGGACUUGGUCUCUUGGAAUGCUAUUAUUGCAGGAUUCACAUCAAAUGGUGAAUGGUUAAAAGCAUUGCAUCUAUUGAGUAAUUUAGUAUCUCUAGAGAUGCUAUUGCCUGAUUCUGUGACUAUUGUUAGCAUACUUCCACUUUGUGCUCAAUUCAGAAACUUGCAGGUAGGGAAACAGAUCCAUGCAUAUAUCUUCAGACACCAUCAUCUUUUUGAAGAUACUACUGUUGGGAAUGCUUUAGUUAGUUUCUAUGCAAAAUGUGGCAAUACAGAAAAAGCAUAUCAUACUUUCAAUAUGAUACCUAGGAAAGAUUUGAUUUCAUGGAAUUCUAUUCUUGAUGCCUUUGGAGAGAAGAGGCAUCAUUCAAGAUUUCUCAGCUUGUUACAUUCAAUGCUUAAACUAGGAAUUAGACCUGACUCAGUCACAGUAUUGGCCACAAUCCAUUUUUGUGCUUCUCUCUUGGUAGUAGAAAAGGUUAAAGAAAUACACAAUUAUUCUAUUAAGGCUGGAUCUCUAUUUAGUGACACUGCUCCCACAAUUGGAAAUGCAAUACUUGAUGCAUAUGCUAAAUGUGGUAACAUGGACUAUGCUAACAGAAUGUUUCAGAAACUAUCAGAAAAAAGGAAUCUGGUCUCGUGCAAUUCGAUGAUUUCAGGUUAUGUGAGUUUAGGAUCACAUCAUGAUGCAAAUAUGAUUUUUAGUGGGAUGUCUGAGACAGAUCUUACCACCUGGAAUCUUAUGGUCCGCGUAUAUGCUGAAAAUGAUUGUCGGGAUCAAGCUCUCAGACUGUUCUACGAGUUACAAGCUCGAAGGAUGAAGCCUGAUGAGGUGACUAUCAUGAGCAUCCUUCCGGUAUGCACACAAAUGGCAUCGGCGCACUUGCUAACACAAUGUCACGGCUAUAUUAUUCGUUCUUGUUUUGAGGAUCUUCACCUAAAAGGAGCCCUCUUAGAUGCAUAUGCAAAAUGUGGUAUCAUAGGUUGUGCAAAUAAGCUAUUUCGCUCAAGUGCUGUUAAGGAUUUGGUUAUGUUUACUGCUAUGAUUGGUGGGUAUGCCAUGCAUGGUUUGAGUGAAGAAGCACUUAGAAUUUUUUCUGAUAUGCUUAAAAUGGGAAUCAAGCCAGAUCAUGUUAUCUUCACUUGUGUAUUAUCAGCUUGCAGUCAUGCCGGCCAUGUAGAUGAAGGUCUGCAGAUAUUUUAUUCAAUGGAGAAAAUCCAUGGUAUGAAACCAAAUGCAGAACAGUAUGCUUGUGUGGUGGAUCUACUCGCUCGAGGUGGCCGAGUUAGGGAAGCAUAUUCUCUCAUCACGAAGAUGCCAAUUGAAGCUAAUGCCAGCCUUUGGGGGUCAUUGCUUGGUGCCUGCAAAAUCCAUCAUGAAGUCGAAUUGGGGCGCAUUGUAGCCAACCAUCUCUUCAAAAUCAAAGCUGACGACAUUGGAAACUAUAUUGUUUUAUCGAAUUUGUAUGCAGCAGAUGCUAGAUGGGAUGGGGUCAUGGAGGUUAGAAAGAUGAUGAAGAACAAAGAUUUGAAAAAGCCAGCAGGAUGCAGUUGGAUUGAAGUUGAGAAGAAACAUAAUAUAUUUGUGGCUGGGGAUUGUUCCCACUCACAAAGAAGCAUUAUUUACAGUACUCUAUGUACAUUGGAUCAACAAAUUAAAGAACCAAUAGAGUUUUUAGCGUAAUCUUGGUUAUGCAUUUAUUAAGAAACUGGCAUCCAAUCAAUGUUUCAUAACACAUUUGAUAAUACCCAAAAGAGCAACCAUAAGAAAUUAGGCUUCCCAAUACGCAAAUUUGAAGAUCAACCAAGUUAAAAACUAUUGUUAUUAAUAGUACCGCAUGCAAGCAAGAAAAUUUCAAGAUUGGCCUUUCAAACAACAGCUAAAUAAAACCAAAAUAAAGUACCAAAUCUGUCAGAUUCUCAAAUAUCUAGAGCACCAAAAUCUGAGUACCCAACAUUGAACAGUCAUUCUAUAAAUUGUGAUUUUAUCUUUAUCUUUUUUAGUUGUGGUUAUCUCUCUGUAUGAGUCUCUGCAUCCCCAAUCAUCAGGUACCACUGGCUUCGGUCUCUGAUUGAGGCGGUGAAUACUUUUCCAUGAGUUUUGCAAGUUGUUCAUCGAAGUUCUUCUCCAUCUGCACCUCUUCCUCCCAAUGCCUGUGCUUCAAUGCAGCAAUGCUUUCUUCACGAGCACGCAAAAGUUUCUCCUUUUCAGCAACAAAGUUCUCCAUUUCUUUGUCUUGGACCUCAACAAAUUUCAGAUAUUCAUCCGCCCUAUAUCCAGAGAAACAGAAAUUCACCAUAAACAGCACUCACAACAUAAUUAAACCACAUUCUUUACUGUAUCACAAAUGCAGUCAAGUACUGCUCCUUUAAAUGCAGAGGAUCGAAGACUCAAGUAAGCAUUGGUCAUUAUUGAGUGUGUUUUAUUUUCCAUUUGCAUCUGAUGUAUAGCUAUUAUGUGUUCGGGUAAAUUUUUAUGAAGUUAGUAUUCUCUAGAUUAUUCAAAUUGGAAGGUUGAAGGGGAUAGAUUUGGAAGAAAACCUAAUUCAUGUGAAUAAUCUAGAGAAUACUAACUCCAUAAAAAUUUACCUGAACACAAAAUAGCUAUACAUCAGAUGCAAAUGGAAAAUAAAACACACUCAAUAAUGACCAAUGCUUACUUGAGUCUUCGAUCCUCUGCAUUAAAAGGAGCAGUACUUGACUGCAUAACCUUCUCACGUUCUUCCUGCUGCAUCCUCUCAAAAUCAUCUUCCUUUGCAAUCCUUGUCUCAUGAAUUGACUUAAUCUGAUCCUUGAAAAAAUUUUCUUGCAUAUACAUCUUCCGGUUGGGACACAGGAUACAAUAGUCAGAAACAUAACAUGACAAACAUACACUUUUGACCUAGAGAAAAUUACAGAACACAUCUCACCAGACGAAAAAGAAAUUAAGGAUGAAACCAACCAAGUACAAAAUCCAUAAACAACAAUCUCUAUUCUUUUCUUUUCCUUUUUUUUUUUGAGCGAGAAACAUGCCAUGCACUCUUGUAA